AUGGUCUUUGCUAUUAAUGAGAUCAAUGAGAACCCAGAACUUCUGCCAAACAUCACACUGGGCUUCCGUAUAUACGACUCCUGCUUUAAUGAAAUGCAGGCUGUUACUGGAGCACUACAGCUUUUGUCGGGGAGGGAAAACCCAAUUCCUAAUUACACGUGUGACAUGAAAUCUAAGGUAGCUGGCUUAGUCGGAGAUAUUCAGUCUUCCAAUUCUGUUGCAGUGGCAAGAAUUUUGGGGCUGUUUCGAUUUCCUCAGAUUUUGCAGUAUGUAAAGCGUGUGAAAGUAAAUAAUAGUGCUGGACAGGAGUUGGCCUUUGAUAAGAAUGGAGACCAGAUAUUUAGCCUGGAGUAUGUAAAUUGGCAAGCUCUUUCCAAUGGUGAAACAAAACACAUACCUUUUGCAACAUUAAAAAAAUUUCCUGAGAGUCAUAUUGUUCUAAGUAACAACUCAGUUUUCUGGAGUGGUGGUUACACAGAGAUAGCUGUCCAUCUAACUACAGCAUUUCAGUUGAAAAUAGUUGAUAGCAUGAUGCUGAUUAUAUUUGUUUUAUUAGAUUCAACGAGCUGUAUCAGAUGUCCUGACAACAUGUGGGCAAAUGAGAAACACACUGCCUGCCGGCUUAGGACCUUCGAAUUUCUGUCAUAUAACGAGAUCCUAGGGGGCAUGUUGGCUACUGUCUCAAUUCUGGGAUCUCUCCUUCCUCUCAGCAUCUUGGCAAUUUUCAUACGAAACUCAGGAACUCCAGUUGUGAAAGCAAAUAACCGGAAUCUCAGUUACCUCCUCCUCCUCUCCCUGUGUUUCUGCUAUCUCUGUGCUUUAAUGUUCAUUGGGCGUCCCAUUACUAUAACCUGUAUCCUCAGGCAAUUUAUAUUUGGGAUCAGUUUUGUGAUGUGCAUUUCAUGUGUGUUGGGAAAGACAAUGAUGGUGGUGAUCGCUUUCAACCUCACCCAGCCAAGGAGCAGCAGGAGAAUGUGGUUGAAUUCUCGAGUAACGAACACCCUGGUGCUUGUGUGCACAGCUAUACAAGUGAUUAUAUGUGCUGGGUGGCUUGCACACUCUCCCCCUUUUCAAUACACUGACAAUAAAUCUAAGAUGGGCACCAUUAUUAUGCAGUGCAAUAAGGGAUCACCAAUUGGUUAUUCAUGCACAAUGGGAUAUAUGGGGGUUUUAGCUACUUUGUGUUUUGCCAUAGCUUAUUUGGCAAGAAAGUUGCCGGGCAGUUUCAAUGAGGCCAAACUGAUCACCUUUAGUAUGCUGAUAUUUGGAGCUGUUUGGAUCUCCUUCAUCCCAGCCUACCUCAGCACCACAGGGAAGUACAUGGUGGCAGCGGAAGUGUUUGCCAUUUUAUCUUCCAGCAGCGGAUUAUUGGUGUGUAUAUUGUUACCCAAGGUCUACAUUAUUAUUUUUAAACCAGACAUGAACAAAAAAGAUAGAAAAAUAUUUAUUAUAAAAGAGAAAUCAUAG